AUGAACGAUUUCAGCUUUCCUUCAAUGUCAAAGGACAUGUCAAAGGUUGGCGGAAUUCUCUAUCCCACAGAAACACCAACAUUUACUCGUCCUAAUCCCAUCAACAAAGCCAAUUCAUUCUCGCAACCUCAAGAAUAUGACCAAUGGAGAAGCAAUUCAUUGCCAUCAUCGGUUCCCAUGUCAUUACCCAACACAACUACCAUGAAUAACACAAACAACAAUACCGGCAUGAACAGCAAUAACAAUAGCAGCAAUCCUGCCAUCAACCCUGUUUCUUGUGAUCUUCAAGAUGUCAUCAUCUAUUACCAAUCUCAACCUGAGCUGUUGCGCUUGAUUUUACUAAGCAAAGUGGAAGAAGACAAGAGAAGAGCUGAAGAAGCCAAGCUGAGAGCCAAGGAGCUCGACUUGUUCUUGCUUCAACAACAACAACAAAUGAACGGCACACCCCAGACCCCUGAUGCUUCAUUUACCACCACCUCUUCCACCCCACCUGCUCUCAUGUCAAGCAGCUCGAAUAUGAUGAACAGUUCCUCAACGACCACUGCCACUACUACUGCAGCUAGCACACCUACUAUUACUACUACUGCAACCCACAAUCUACUUAACACUAAUCAAUUUGGCCAAAUCCCAAGAAGACCGAGUGCAUUAGAGAUGCUGAUGGAUGAUUCUGAUUGCAAUCGUCGUGAUUCAGCUCUCGGAUCUUCUUUUGAUGGCAGCGCCAAUUCUGAGGAAAUCGAUGAUCGUACAUUCAGCCCUCAUGCCACAUCAACAGCAGCAGCAUCGAUGCUUUCCAUGAGCUUCACUGCUCAACCAAUGGUGUCUGCAAGAAACUCGCUCCAUCCUCUUUCUCCACCUUAUACGCUCAAUACCACGAACCAACCAUUGGAAGAUACGUUCUCCACUCAAAUCAAAACAAACGCAUCAUCCGCUGAGCCUCCUCGCCGCUACGAUUCCUAUUUCCCUCAACGUCCUCGUCGCAGACGUGAAAUGCAGGCCAUUUCAAAGAUUGUUGAAACAAGAGAUUAUCCCUACGUCGAUGGCUUCUUCUGGAAAAACAAUGGCAAUACCAUCCAAAAGAAGACUGGAAACAAGAGCGUCUACUACAAGUGUUCCAACAGCAGUAAGGGCUGUCCUGUAAACAAGACUGUUACAUGGAAAGAAAAUGGUGAAUAUCUCAUCAAAUAUAGAGGCGAACAUCUCGCUGAAUGUGGCAAAGUGCAGCGUAUUGUUGACAUGUAA